CCUCUCUUAAACCACGCCGCCUCCCUCCUCGUGAGCGCUCUCCUAAGCUCCUCUCCCGGGCUCUCGGUUCGGCUGGCGUCCCGCUAGCUCUCUGCUGCUGCGUCGCCUUGCUCGCCCGCUCUUCUUCCUCACCGCAGGAAUUAUUUACAAUUUGUUGCUUCUGUUUGGCCUGUGGGCACCUCUACAAUUUGAUUUCAGAUGGAUUGUUGCUUUAUGUUCAGAAAGACUCAAGCUGUUGAAGGCGAUGACGGUGAACAUAGAGUGAAGAUCUUUUCUUACAGUGAGUUGAGAAAGGCUACUCACGAUUUUAGUGGAGCAAAUAAGAUUGGAGAGGGUGGUUUUGGUUCUGUGUUCAGGGGAGUGCUUAGAGAUGGGGUACCAGUUGCCGUAAAGGUGCUGUCUGCUACUUCAAGGCAAGGCGUCCGAGAAUUCUUGACUGAACUUACAGCGAUUUCUGACAUCAAGCACGAAAACCUCGUCACACUUGUUGGUUGCUGUGCUGAAGGGUCUCAUAGGAUCCUUGUUUACAAUUAUCUUGAGAACAACAGUCUUGCACAGACAUUGCUAGGGUCUAGGGGUAGUAACAUCCGGUUUGAUUGGAGGACUCGUGUCAAAAUUGCCGUGGGUGUUGCUCGCGGAAUUGCAUUUCUUCAUGAGGAAAUUCGCCCUCCAAUUAUCCACCGCGACAUUAAGGCGAGCAACAUUCUUCUGGACAGGGACCUGACCCCGAAAAUUUCUGAUUUUGGAUUGGCUAGGCUCCUUCCACCCAAUGCAACUCAUGUGAGCACCCGAGUUGCAGGCACAUUAGGAUACUUGGCACCUGAGUACGCUAUCCGAGGUCAAGUGACGAAGAAAUCCGAUAUCUAUAGCUUUGGCGUUCUUCUACUGGAAAUUGUUAGCGGCAGAUGCAACACCAACACAAGAUUGCCUUAUGAAGACCAAUUUCUCCUCGAAAGGACAUGGGUACGCUAUGAACAAGGCCGCCUCGAUGAGAUCAUCGAUGCUGAUCUGGGGAACGACCUCGACGUCGACGAGGCAUGCCGGUUCCUGAAGAUCGGCCUGCUGUGCACGCAGGACGCGAUGGCGCGCCGCCCGAACAUGAGCACCGUCGUCAGGAUGCUCACCGGGGAGAAGAGCUUCUCCGUGCACAAGAUCACCAGGCCGGCCAUGAUCACCGACUUCGCCGACCUCAAGGUCAGCAGCGGCCAGCAGAAAGAUCACGAGACGAGGUCCUCCAACAUGAGAUCGUUCAGCACCACGGAUGAGACGGAGCCGUUCUCCUCGUCGGAGACGCCGACGCAGACAUCGAUCUGAAAGAGAGAGGAGAAAACAAAAAAGGGAAAUGUGGACAGGAGUAGUGUUUUUCUUUUUUCCGGUUUGUAUAUUGCUGCGAAAGGAUAGGAUUACGUGCAAUUUUUCUUUUCACUUUUUCUUGGAAAGAGUUUCGUAUUUGUUUGAUUUUUGUGACGAGGAGAUGUUUAAAAUAGGUGCAGCGUGUCUCUUCUCGAUUCUGUGUAAAUAUUUUCGAAACGAAGAUGAUGAA